UGGAGGCGGCAGCGCGGAGCGGGGGGAGGUUUUGGUGAAGUGGCAGAGCUCGCUCUCCGCCUCUCUGUCCCCCCUCGACCCGCGGAGGAGCGGCAGGGACGCCGGGGAUGGCUCAGGUUGAAAGAAGAAAGGGAGACCUGCUUGUCCAAUGAAGAUGCACUCUUAGUCUUCAGCUAUUUAAGCUGAAUGCAUUGUGAUUUCCAAUAAUUGAGACAGUGAUUCUGAAAGCUGUCUACAUUAAUGAAAAGAACAAUGUAGUCAGCUUAACUGAAUCAUCAGUGUUGCAUAUUGAAUAGAACAUGAUAAACCAAUCUUGAUGGACUCAUGCAUGUUAGGAAUAUAGAUAUAAACAUUUAUUAAAGCAUUGUUGUUUUUUUGAAAACAGUAGUUUUAAAAAUGGAGAAAUAUGAAAAUGUACCACCCCUCCCUAAAGAACCUGCAAGAGAAAUGAAUGUGGAGAAUCAUACUUGUCCCCCACCUCUGCCGCCUAACGAACAGCCUCCACCACCUCCCCUGCAAACGUCCAGUGACGCAGAGGUAAUGGACGUUGGCUCUGGUGGUGAUGGACAGUCAGAUACCCCUGCUGGGGACACGCACAGUAUCUGCAGAACACAGCUUCUCACAAAGGGAUCUGCCUGCUACAAAAGUCGUCUUAUAAUAGAUCCUAACAAUAGUGACCAAAGCCCAAGAACUGCUCGUCAUGCACCUUCAGUUCGCAAGUUCACCCCAGAUCUUAAGUUACUUAAAGAUGUAAAGAUAAGUGUUAGCUUUACAGAAAGCUGCAAAAGUAAAGAUAGGAAAGUUCUGUACACUGGAGUGGAGCAGGAUUAUAAGGCAGAUACAGAUUUUGGUAUUAAUAAUGUAAACGGGGAUUUGCAUGUUUGUCCUUUUGGUGGUAGUAAUGGUAAAGCUGUAGGAGUAGGGGGUGAAAAUGAUGACAAGAAGGAUGAUGAAAAUGAUAUUGAUCAGGAAAAGAGAGUGGAAUAUGCUGUUCUGGAUGAGCUAGAAGACUUUACCGACAAUUUGAUGGAAAUAGAUGAAGAAGGAGGAGGGUUCACAUCUAAAGCAAUCGUUCAAAGAGAUAAAGUGGAUGAAGAAACCUUGAAUUACUCAUAUGAGGAUGACUUUGAUAAUGAUGUGGAUGCUCUGCUGGAAGAGGGUCUUCGAGCACCUAAAACGAGGAGACUAGAAAAUGAGAAAUAUGGUGGUGAAAGUGAUCACCAGUCUGAUGGAGAAACAAGUGUGCAGCCAAUGAUCACCAAAAUUAAAACUGUACUUAAAAGUCGUGGCCGCCCUCCUACAGAACCUUUGCCAGAUGGAUGGAUCAUGACAUUCCAUAACUCAGGCAUUCCUGUUUAUCUGCACAGAGAAUCUAGAGUUGUUACCUGGUCUAGACCUUACUUCUUGGGAACAGGAAGCAUAAGGAAACAUGAUCCUCCCCUCAGUAGCAUUCCCUGCUUGCAUUACAAAAAAAUGAAGGAAAAUGAGGAAAGGGAACAAAACAAUGACAUAACCCCAAAUGGGGAAGUGUCACCUGUAAAGCAUCUAGAUAAAUCUUCCGAGCUGGAUUGCCAAACAGAGGAACCGGACUCUACUGCUGCUGAUUCUGGGCCUUUAGAUGACAAAGACCCCUCAGGGGGAGAUGCAGCACAAGGAGCCUUAGGACAAGUUAAGGCCAAAGUUGAAGUAUGUAAAGAUGAAUCUGUAGAUCUGGAAGAUUUUAGAUGCUAUCUUGAAAAGCGUUUUGAUUUUGAACAAGUUACCGUAAAGAAAUUCAGAACCUGGGCUGAGAGACGGCAGUUCAAUCGUGAGAUGAAGCGGAAGCAGGCAGAGUCGGAGCGGCCAAUUCUGCCUGCCAAUCAGAAACUCAUUACCUUGUCAGUGCAAGAUGCACCUACAAAGAAAGAAUUUGUCAUUAAUCCCAAUGGGAAAUCUGAAGUUUGCAUACUGCAUGAAUAUAUGCAACGAGUCCUAAAGGUUCGCCCUGUUUACAAUUUCUUUGAAUGUGAGAACCCAAGUGAACCUUUUGGAGCCUCGGUGAUAAUUGAUGGAGUAACAUAUGGGGCAGGAACUGCCAGCAGCAAAAAACUUGCCAAGAAUAAAGCUGCUCGUGCUACACUGGAAAUUCUUAUUCCCGACUUUGUUAAACAGACCUCUGAGGAGAAGCCCAAAGACAGUGAAGAACUUGAGUAUUUCAACCAUAUCAGUAUUGAGGACUCACGGGUAUAUGAACUCACCAGUAAAGCUGGACUCUUGUCUCCAUAUCAGAUUCUCCACGAGUGCCUUAAAAGAAACCAUGGAAUGGGUGAUACAUCCAUAAAGUUUGAAGUGAUUCCUGGUAAAAAUCAGAAGAGCGAAUACGUCAUGACUUGUGGGAAGCACACGGUGCGAGGCUGGUGCAAAAAUAAGAGAGUGGGGAAACAAUUAGCUUCUCAGAAAAUCCUGCAGCUACUGCAUCCACAUGUGAAAAACUGGGGCUCUCUUUUGCGUAUGUAUGGUAGAGAGAGUAGCAAGAUGGUUAAACAGGAAACCUCCGAUAAAAGUGUGAUAGAGCUUCAGCAGUAUGCCAAAAAGAACAAGCCAAAUCUGCACAUCCUGAACAAGUUACAGGAAGAAAUGAAAAAACUGGCACAAGAAAGAGAGGAAACCCGAAAGAAGCCCAAGAUGACCAUAGUGGAGUCGGCUCAGCCCGGCAGCGAGCCUCUGUGCACCGUCGACGUGUAACGAGAGAACUCACGAGUGGGGAGCAAUAACACAAAUGGAGGAACUAGAUUUUCAACAAUUAUUUAAAAAUUGUUUGCUGCAGAAUGCAAGAUAACUUUUAAAAUCCAAGCUGCUUCAGUUAUGCAUUGUUCUUUUUGCAUCAUCAGGGCAAUAUUACUUUUUCCUACUUUUUUCUUUUCUUUUUUUUUGUUUUUAAUACCUCUGAGAUAUGUACGUUUAAAGGAUUGAUCAUAAAGAUCUCUACUUGGGCAAAUGCACAGAGGACAGGCAUGUUCACACAGGAUCAACUCAAACAAGCACUUUUUCCUGGAAAGCCAUCCAUGGUGUCCCAAAUGGAUGCGUUUUAAGGAUGAAAUUCAGAAUAUCUAUGUACAGGUUGAAGCUGAUAUUAUAUAUAUAUACACAUUCAUAUAUAUGUAUAUGUAAAAGAAAUAUAUGUACAUCUUCUUGUAUGAACAUGCCUAAAACUAUUUUUGUGAAAAGUUUUGUUGCAUUUCAGCACAUAAUAAUAUGCACUGAUAAGACACUUUGGUGACAAAUACAUGAAAGUGAUGAGCAACGUUCCUAAUGCCAUAGGAUUAGGCCAGUAACGCUGUUUCUUUUGUUCUGGUUUGUUUUUUGUCUCCUGCCAGGUCCGUGAUUCCAGAUCACAGGAUGCAGAGGUUUCUUUGAUUACUUGAAAAGAACAAGUGUACCUGGUAGUGUUAAGAGCAACAGGCUGGAUAUGCAAAAUCAUUGGGCUUUAUUUUAAUUGAAACGAGCCUGUGUUAGUUUACAGAUCAGUAGAAAGGGGGGGGAAAUAUGGCCCUAUUUAUUUGAUUAAAACGAAAACUGUAGCUUGAAAGGCUGUUUUCAAAGCUUGGAGCCAAAACGCAGCUGAUGAUGGUUGAUGGUCUCUGAAAAUAUUCUGCCAAUGAGGUGAUGAAAGACCUUCCACUCCCUUCUCCCAGCAAUAAAACAAUUUCUCACUUGUUUGGAGUCAGACUACAUCUGACUUGAUUAAUUAAGUCUUAAUUAACUUGCAUCACAAAUGCAAAGACUUUUUUAAAAAAAAACCAAACAAAACCAACACAACCCUGAGAAAUCUGAAAUAACUGCAGCAAUUUAGGUUUUUUUAAGAAGUUUUUGGUUUUACUUUUGUUUUAAUGACAUUUUUAGCUUUUAAAGAAAAAGUGUAAGUUCUGCGAUGAAAACUAGAAUGUAGAGUUGGAAUAUGACAUAGUGUAAUGAGUAGAAUGAGACCAUAACAGGAUAUACUGAUGAAUAAGCAAAUGGCAAAUAUGCAACUAUUAUAAAACAACCCUUGGAAGAGGCAGGGCUCCCGGCGGCUCCAGGGAAGGCUGGGGCUGAGGUGGGAGCACUGGUCCCUGGGUCUGGCUCCUCCUGGGUGACUGGUCAGGCUCCAGGGGUCGUUUACUGGGGGUUCUUUGGGGGCCUUUUUGGUUGUGUGUUGUGUUUUUUGUUGUUUUUUUCUACCAUGUUACACAUAGUGCUGCAGUAUAUUGAAUUUAGUGCCUACUGGAUUUUAACAAUAUUGGCAUCAGUAUUGUAAGACCUCCUUUUAAUAUCGCCCAUUGUUUUGGAAAUAUUUGAACUAAUGUUCUCUCGUAUGAUGCAUAUAAUGUUAGAGGUUAAACAGGAGGAGCCUUGGAGUCUCACCUGUUUCUGUGUUGGAGUGAUACGCUCAGAGGUCUCCGCAAAUAUGAAUUCACCCAUUUUUUUUUUAUUAUUAUAUUUAGCUUUUCAGUUCCAUGAGUUGUAAUCCUGUAGUAACAGGAUACGGGUAGUUGGAAGACUCUACAUAAACUAUUAUUUAAAGAAGUGGCCUAUCUUAAAACAAAAAAUAAGAAAAACAAAAAAAAAAAACCACUGCCUCUGCUUUUUUUUGUAUAGCUUUAAUAAAUCUCCAUCUUUUGAAGGGUAUAUACAACCGGUGCAGUAGUGACAAGCAGUGAAUGCUGCUUGUCUCUCUUCUUGUUGGUUUUUUUCUUGUGUUUUCUUCUCAUAAGGACAGGGCUUGUAUCUCCUUUGCCUGAACGCGUUCCUCUCCCCGGUAGGCUUGACUUCAGCUCACGUGUUUUCAGCAGAAAGAUCCGUACUUGGACGGCACUUGUAAAAGACAAAUCACCCCUGUAGAUCUCUUUAUUUUUCUGAAAUCAGAAUGUCAAGGUGUUUGCAGGUCACCUGCAGGAUACCCACAGAUGCCUCGCUUCCAAAUUGGUUUCCCUUCUUUUUAAGAGAUUGCUGUUGUUAUACCUCAGUCUGCCACCAUCAGAAUCACAAGGUGACCGUUGCCCUUAAUUAAAACACCCAGAGAUUUCAUUGUGAACCAAAGCCUAGAACGUCUAUUAUGCAUUCUAAACAAAAAGAAACACAAAAAAAAAGAUGGUAUUAGACCUUGCUGCAGCCUUUAUCUGGAGAGAUGUCCAGAAAAUAGCGCAAUAACUGCUGGAACAAACAACUUAACUGCUGUUUCUGUCAUUGUGAAGUAUUCUUGUGUUUUAAUGUUUACUAUUGUUUGGAGUGUAACAGUCUCGCAUUUGCACAUGAGCACGAGCUGCUGUGAUAGAGGAUAGAUCAUUGCAUUAACUUCAGCUUCUGCAUGAACACUUACGGUGUGGUUCAAGGUGUAUCCUAAACUUGUCGUGUAACUCUUGUGUGUUUCCUAGGUAAUCGGCUGUAAAGGUUUAGAUCUUGAUUGUAUGAAUGCAUAAAACAACUGCUGCUUUUGUCACUGGUAUUUGUUAUUUAUCCCUUCUGUAUCCAGAGGAGGAUGGGUAUUUUUAUGGGGAUGGAGUGUAUUUUUCAGAACUGUUCCAUCCUUUGGGAAUUAGACAGUUUUUGCUUUGCAUAUUAUGUGCUUCUCGACAAAAGUGUGGUAUAUUGACUUUAAGGAUUAAAUUUGUGUGCAUUCAAAUCUUUAUGGUACUGAUGGAAAACUUACUGUGACUUCCAGUGACUAGUCAGAUGCUACCUAUUUAAACACCAGUCAUCCAGCUUUUUCUUACCUAUUUAUUAAAUGAAACUGAUGAAGUAGUUGGGUACUCAGAAGUUUGGAAAGACUCUUAUGCAUAAACUUAACUGUCGUAUGUAAAACUUCCACUUUCCUGUGACGCUGUUGGGCUUUAUACAAAUACAUCUGUAACAUCCGAGUAUUUAAAUGCAUCAUGAUUUUAUCUUAUUAAUUCUCUAGACUGUACUUUGGUUCUGGAGUAACAUCCAGGAAGUGACAGCCUCCUGGCUUUGCAUGGGGAGAGCUGUGAGGUGCCAGAGCCACGCUGUUGGUAACCCAGAGGAGCAGUGACAGUAUUGUGACGUGUGAGACGGUGAGCAGGCGGAACAGAACCCAUUCCUGUUGCCCAAGUAGAUGAGGGUGGUCGCUGUAGGAGCUGCCUUGGGUGCAGUUGCUUGAUGCCAGUGCUGAAUUGGUACAACUAUAAAGCCUCAUUUUCACUGAGCCUCUGCUUGCUUUUUUUUCUGCACAAUCAUAUAAUCCUGUGUGUUUGGUCUUUGAGUACUACAUGUGUAUUUUUCAGACAAUUAGUUUUGAGCAAUAAAGUUUGAUAUUAUAAAAUGC